AUGUCUACACCCGCGACGCCUUCAACUCCGCGACAGAAUGGAUCCCCAAAUAAUAACCCAUCAUCUACUACACCACAAUCCGUUGAUCGCAAAGUUAUCGAUAAUCGACCUACUUUUACUUCUUCAUUUCAUGCCGCUCCAUUCCAACCAGGAGCAGUAAGGAAACGUAGGGCCGACGCGUUAGGUUUUCCCGUGGAUGCUGGCCCUUUCUUUUCCCAGACACAACAGCAUUAUAAUGUAUAUACCGUGGACAGGACGAAUAGCCUUAAACUUCGAAUUAAUUCAAAGGUUGAUCGUGGCUUUUUCUUGGCCGAUAAUGAUUGGACAUGCUACCGAAGAAAUUAUUUCCAAAUCAGCAGUUCGUUUAAUAUCCAAGGAACAACUCACCCUGUAAAUGAAACGGAAGUAACGUGUUUACUCGAGGCCGAUGGUCAAUUCCAUCCCAUCUCCCAAUUCUUAUUAGGAAUUACAGCAAGAGUUUCUAAUAGCGAUAAGAAAAUUGAAUUAGUACAACAUACGCCGAAACGUGAUAAAGGACCUCAAAUGGUUCCUGUACCAAAAGCGAUUCGUCCCGGUGGUAACUUAAAUCUAAGUUCCGUAGGAUCCAAUUCUAACAUCGUCACAUUUGAACGUAUCCAAUUCAAAACUGCGACCGCAAAUAAUGGAAAACGUCGUGCCGCUCAACAAUAUUACGUGGUAAUGGUAGACCUUUAUGCCCAAGUCGAAGGGUAUGAAUCACAUUUCAGAGUUGCCACAUCAACCUCGGCCCCCUUGGUGGUACGAGGAAGGAGUCCUGGUCAUUAUGCGGAUAAUCAUGAUCGUUACAACCCGAUGACAAUGAAUCCAGCAUUCCCAAAUGAUCGUCAUAUGGGAUUUGCUCACCCGUCAAACCCUAAUGGAGGUCCAGUGAUGGCGCAAGAAUUCAAUGGGGGUCCCUUCCCUGGUUACGGACAAUACCCACCCUUCACAGGUUUUCCACCGGUAACAGCGGGACCAAUGAGAAAUGAAGCAUUAUUAAUGAUGGCAGGCGCCCCAAAUGGACCGACACAAUCGUUUCACCCCCAACAUCCUCAUCCGUAUAUGGUACCGAGUAUCUCAGAAACAGGACAACAUACUCAGAUCGAUAUGCACAACAUGGAAGUUACAACGUCUAAUGCCCACAAUUCCGCGUUCACGAGUUUUGAAUCACGUCAAAUCCCAACGACAGGAGCCAAUAACACUUCAGCACCUGGGAGUAAGCCCUUUAUGAAGAUUGAAAUUCCACAAUCAUCUGAGCUUCCGGAUCAUCCGCUCACAUCGCCCGCUUAUCACACACAAGGGUAUGUGGAAGGGUUCAUGUAUCAUAACGGACACCCUGCCAAUAACGCAUCUGUACACCAUGGCGGAUAUCAUUCUGAUAGUGAACAACAUCAUAGUAAUGGAUUAACUCAUGCAAACGGACGAGGUACAAGAGUUGAUGGUUCCGUGCAAGAUUCUAAUAAUCAUCAUUCCGGUAGUCCACAAAUGAAUGGGGACAAGAUGAAUGGCUCAACCGUAGACCCAAAAUCUCCAACAACAAAUGCUGGAAGUAAUACUACAACGCCUACUACCGAAUUGGGAAAAAGCCUUGGCCAGUUGAACAUGAAUAAUUAUCGAAUUGAAAAAUUGGAUGAGUCUGAUAAGCUGUAA